AGAAAUGGCUGAUAGAACUGCACCGAAAUGCCAGUUGCGGUUAGAAUGGGUUUAUGGUUACCGAGGUCACCAAUGCCGGAAUAAUCUAUACUACACGGCUGCCAAGGAGGUGGUCUACUUCGUUGCCGGAGUGGGAAUUGUGUACAACACCAGAGAACACACACAAAAAUUUUUCCUUGGUCACAACGAUGAUAUUAUCAGCCUUGCUUUACAUCCAGAAAGAAGUCUAGUUGCAACAGGUCAAGUUGGAAAGGAACCCUAUAUCUGCAUUUGGGAUACAUACAAUGUACAGAUGGUAUCUAUUCUGAAGGACAUUCAUACGCAUGGAAUUGCUUGCUUGGCUUUUGAUUUUGAUGGACAGCGAUUGGCUUCCAUAGGACUAGAUGCCAAAAAUACAGCCUGCAUCUGGGAUUGGAGAAAAGGAAAAGUAGUAGCAACAGCAACUGGUCACUCAGAUAGGAUUUUUGAUGUUGCUUGGGAUCCACAUCAGACAAACAGACUUGUUAGCUGUGGAGUGAAACACAUUAAGUUUUGGACAUUAUGUGGAAAUGCACUAACACCCAAAAGGGGAAUUUUUGGUAAAACUGGUGACCUUCAGACUAUACUAUGUCUAGCUUGUGCUAAAGAUGAAGUUACCUAUUCUGGUGCAUUGAAUGGUGAUAUUUAUGUUUGGAAAGGGCUAAAUUUGGUUCGCACAAUUCAAGGAGCCCAUGGAGCAGGAAUAUUUAGUAUGUAUCCUUGUGAAGAAGGUUUUGCUACUGGCGGGAGAGAUGGCUGCAUCCGACUAUGGGAUAUUGACUUUAAACCAAUCACAAAAAUUGAUCUUCGAGAAACUGAACAGGGAUAUAAAGGUUUGUCAAUCAGAAGUGUUUGUUGGAAAGCAGACCGUAUUCUAGCAGGAACCCAGGAUAGCGAAAUAUUUGAAGUGAUGGUUCGAGAACGCGACAAACCACUCCUGAUAAUGCAGGGCCAUUGUGAAGGGGAGCUUUGGGGCUUGGCAGCCCAUCCAAAGAAGCCAUUGGUUGUCACAGGCAGCGACGAUCGAUCUGUCCGUUUGUGGAGUCUUGUAGAUCAUGCUCUUAUUGCACGUUGUAACAUGGAAGAGGCAGUGCGCUCUGUUGCUUUCAGUAGCGAUGGAUCACAACUUGCUUUAGGAAUGAAGGAUGGUUCCUUUACUGUACUUCGAGUCAGAGAUAUGACAGAGGUGGUCCACAUUAAAGACCGAAAAGAGGUAAUUCAUGAAAUGAAAUAUUGUCCAGAUGGAUCUUACCUUGCUGUUAGUUCGAAUGAUGGUCUAGUUGACAUCUACGCAGUUUCACAGCGAUACAAGAAAGUUGGUGAAUGCAGCAAGUCAUCAAGUUUUAUUACACAUAUUGACUGGUCCAUUGAUAGCAAACAUCUUCAGGUCAAUGAUGGUGCUGGAGAAAGACUGUUUUACAAAAUGCCAUCUGGAAAGCAUUUAACAAGUAAAGAUGAAAUAAAAGGCAUUCAUUGGGCUACCUGGACUUGUGUAAUUGGACCUGAAGUAAAUGGAAUUUGGCCCAAGUAUACAGACAUCAUGGAUAUUAAUUCUGUGGAUGCGAACUUUAGCAGUGCUACUCUUGUGUCUGGUGAUGACUUUGGAUUGGUCAAGCUCUUCAGGUUUCCUUGUUUAAAGAAGGGAGCAAAAUUCCGUAAAUAUGUUGGACAUUCUGCUCAUGUGACUAAUGUACGUUGGUCCUAUGAUUUUCAAUGGGUAAUGAGUACAGGUGGUGCCGAUCACUCUGUAUUUCAAUGGCGAUUUAUUCCCGAAGGAAUGUCAAACGGGGGAUUUGAUAUAUCACAAGAAGGUUAUGUUGAUUCUAAUAGUGAAGAAUCUGACUCCGAUCUAUCAGAUGUUGCAGAAUUGGAUUCUGACAUUGAACAAGAAGUGCAGAUCAGUUAUGAACGUCAGGUUUACAAAGAAGAUCUACCUCAACUCAAACAACAGAGCAAAGAGAAAAAACAAGCAGCAGCUCCUUUGAAAAGAGAGAGAGCCCCUGAAGGAAGUCUGAAACUGCAAUUUGUCCAUGGGUACAGAGGAUAUGAUUGUCGAAAUAAUCUCUUCUAUACCCAAGCCACUGAGGUGGUCUACCAUGUUGCUGCAGUUGCCAUUAUUUACAACAGACAACAGCAUUCGCAGAGAUUCUAUCUUGGACAUGAUGAUGAUAUCCUCAGUCUGGUCAUUCAUCCAGUUAAGGACUAUGUGGCCACUGGGCAGGUUGGACGGGAUCCAUCGAUACAUGUUUGGGAUACUCAGACACUUAAAUGUCUAUCACUGCUUAAAGGACAGCACCAGAGAGGAGUAUGUGCACUUGAUUUUUCAUCUGAUGGAAAAAGUUUGGUAUCUAUUGGUUUGGAUGACAACCAUACUAUCGUUGUAUGGGACUGGAAAAGGGGAGAAAGACUAGCAACAUCAAGGGGACAUAAAGACAAGAUAUUUGUGGUGAAGUGCAAUCCGCAGCAUGUUGACAAGCUUGUUACUGUUGGGAUAAAACAUAUAAAAUUCUGGCAGCAUGCAGGUGGUGGUCUUACCUCUAAGCGUGGAGUAUUUGGUAAUAUGGGGAAACUAGAGACAAUGAUGUCAGUGACAUAUGGCCAAAUGGAAGAUAUGAUUUUCUCUGGAGCUGCAAGUGGAGAUGUUUACAUCUGGAAGAAUAACAUUCUACUCAAGACAGUCAAAGCCCAUGAUGGGCCUAUUUUUGCUUUACAUGCUUUAGAUAAGGGAUUUGUAACAGGUGGCAAAGAUGGUGUAGUCGAACUCUGGGAUGACAUAUUUGAAAGAUGUUUAAAAACUUACGCUAUCAAGAGAGCAGCUCUGUCCCCUGCCUCAAAAGGUUUACUUUUGGAAGACAAUCCUUCAUUACGUGCCAUUACAUUGGGUCAUGGGCAUAUACUUGUUGGAACCAAGAAUAGUGAAAUACUUGAAAUAGAUAAAAGUGGAUCCAUGACUCUGCUUGUUCAGGGUCACAUGGAAGGGGAGGUUUGGGGCCUGGCAGCCCAUCCUACUCUUCCCGUCUGUGCUACUAUAAGUGAUGACAAAACAUUACGAAUUUGGGAACUCUCCUUCAAUCAUCGUAUGUUAGCAGUGCGUAAACUUAAAAAAGGUGGAAGAUGUUGUGCAUUUUCACCAGAUGGGAAAGUCAUAGCUGUUGGGCUAAAUGAUGGAAGUUUUCAUGUAGUCAAUGCUGACACUCUGGAAGAUAUGGUGGCUUUUCACCAUAGGAAGGAAAAUAUAUCAGAUAUCAAAUUUUCAGCAGAUGCAGGGAAAUACCUAGCAGUGGCUUCCCAUGACAACUUUGUAGACAUCUACAAUGUACUUUCAAGUAAAAGAGUUGGCAUUUGUAAAGGAGCCUCUAGUUAUAUUACUCAUAUGGAUUGGGAUGCAAGAGGGAAGUUAUUGCAAGUUAACACGGGUGCCAAAGAACAUCUAUUUUUUGAAGCGCCAAGAGGGAGAAGGCAAACAAUUAGAAGUACAGAGAUAGAGAAAAUAGAUUGGGCUACGUGGACAUGUGUAUUAGGACCCACAUGUGAAGGAAUCUGGCCUACACAUAGUGACAUAACAGAUAUCAAUGCAGCUUGUCUAACCAAAGAUGGAAAACAUUUAGUGACAGGGGAUGACUUUGGCUUUAUUAAGCUCUUUUCAUACCCUGUAAAGGGUCAAUAUGCAAAGUUUAAGAAGUAUGUGGGCCACAGUGCACAUGUCACGAAUGUGAGGUGGGCUCAGGAUGACAGCUUGUUGCUGUCAGUGGGUGGUGCUGAUACUGCUUUGAUGAUCUGGAGUCAGGAAACUGAUGGAAACAGGGACAAGAAGCCUGUGGACAGCGAAGAAUCUGAUACUGACACUGAUGAGGAUGGAGGCUAUGACAGUGACGUUGCAAGAGAGAAAUCCAUCGAUUAUACAACCAAAAUCUAUGCAGUUAGUAUCAGGGAGAUGUCAGGCACAAAGCCACAUCUACAGCCAAAAGAAGUCUCAACAGAGGAAAGACCAACUGUCAGCAGAGCUGCUCCACAACCAGACAAACUACAAAAGAACAAUAUUACCAAGAAGAAGAAAGUAGUGGAGGAAUUUGUAUUGGAACAUGUUUUUGGAUAUAGAGGCUUUGACUGUCGCAACAAUCUUCAUUAUCUCAAUGAUGGAACUGAUAUUAUUUUUCACACAGCAGCUGCAGGCAUUGUUCAGAAUCUGUCAUCAGGUCUGCAGAGUUUUUAUGUGGAACAUACAGAUGAUAUACUUUGCUUAACUGUCAACCAACACCCAAAAUACAAAAAUAUUGUGGCAACUGGACAAAUAGGAGCAACUCCAUCCAUUCAUGUAUGGGAUGCCAUAAGCAAGCAGACACUUUCCAUCCUGCGUUGUUCUCAUAAUAAGGGUGUCUGUUAUGUUAACUUUAGUGCUACAGGCAAGCUGUUGUUAUCAGUGGGCAUCGAUUCUGAACAUACCAUCUCUGUUUGGAGAUGGCAAGAAGGUGCUAAAGUUGCAAGCAAAGCAGCCCAUAGUGAGAGGAUAUUUGUGGUUGAGUUUCGUCCAGAUUCAGACACACAAUUUGUAUCUGUGGGGGUGAAGCAUAUCAAAUUUUGGACCUUAGCUGGUGGUGCAUUGCUUUCCAAAAAGGGAAUAAUUGGCAAUAUGAAUGAUGCAAAGAUGCAAACCAUGCUAUCUGUUGCCUUCGGUGCAAAUAACCUUACUUUCUCUGGUGCCAUAAAUGGAGAUGUGUAUGUCUGGAAAGAUCAUAUUGUAAUCAGAGUUGUAGCAAAAGCCCAUACAGGACCUGUCUUCACAAUGUACACAACAUUAAGAGAUGGCUUGAUUGUGACAGGAGGCAAGGAAAAACCGACAAAAGAAGGAGGUGCAGUAAAACUCUGGGAUCAGGAAAUGAAGCGAUGUCGAGCAUUCCAGCUGGAGACAGGACAAUCUUUGGACAUUGUUCGUUCAGUUUGCAGAGGAAAGGGGAAAAUACUUGUAGGAACAAAAGAUUGUGAAAUAAUUGAAGUUGGAGAAAAGAAUGCAGCAUCAAAUAGCCUAAUCGAUGGGCAUAUGGAAGGAGAGAUUUGGGGCCUUGCUACACACCCUUUGAAAGAUCUCCUGAUCUCUGCAAGUGAUGAUGGCACAAUAAGAAUCUGGGACUUGGCUGAUAAAAAACUGCUGAACAAAGUGAACCUUGGAUAUGGUGCUAAAUGUGCUGCAUACAGUCCUGAUGGAGAAAUGGUAGCGAUUGGGAUGAAAAAUGGAGAAUUUAUUAUACUCUUAGUCAAUUCUUUGAAAGUGUGGGGCAGGAAACGAGAUCGAAGUGCUGCCGUCCAGGAUAUCAGUUUUAGCCCCAAUUCCAAGUUCCUGGCAGUAGGUUCGGCAGAAAAUACUGUUGAUUUUUAUGAUCUCACACAGGGGCCUACUUUAAACCGAAUAGGCUACUGCAAAGACAUUCCUAGUUUUGUUAUCCAAAUGGACUUUUCAGCUGACAGCAGACAUAUUCAGGUGUCUACAGGUGCCUAUAAGCGUCAGGUACAUGAAGUUCCAUCAGGAAAGCAAGUAAUAGACCAGGCAAUAAUUGAGAAAAUCACAUGGGCUACAUGGACAAGCAUUUUAGGAGAUGAAGUCCUCGGAAUUUGGCCUCGAAAUGCCGAGAAAGCAGAUGUCAACUGUGCCUGUGUAUCUCAUGCUGGGUUAAACUUAGUGACAGGGGAUGACUUUGGUUUGGUGAAACUUUUUGACUUUCCUUGCACUGAAAAAUAUGCCAAACACAAGCGUUAUUUUGGACAUUCUGCACACGUGACAAAUGUACGUUUUUCCCAUGAUGACAAGUAUGUUGUUAGUGCUGGUGGUGAUGACUGCAGUAUAUUUGUUUGGCGAUGCCUUUGAAGAAAAAAAAUGUCCAGUGGCUGUUUCUUUCGAAAGAUGGAAUCCUAAAUGCCUCAAUAACAACUUGGCUGCUAGAAAGCAAAAAUGCUUAAAAAGGUGCAUAUAUUUUAAAAAGGUGUUUGUGUAAAUUAUCAACUGUGUCCACAAAACAUAUUGUGAUUGUGAAGCCUGUGAUGUGAAUGCCACUAAAGAUGCUGAAAAUGAGAACUCAAUGCAGAUUGCAUUAGGACAAAAUAAAACUGAUGGACAGGAUAACUAGUGUAAAGAAACCACUUGGCUGUGGUUUUUGAUGACAUCUUUAGCAAGCAUUUAUGUAUUGAGAGCAAAUGUAGACCUUGGCGACACACAGCAUAUUCCUCAACAAAACGUAACAUGAGUGACUUGUGAGGAUGGUUAUCAGAGAGUGGUCUUAAAACUGGAUUGUUGCAGCAAAAUGUGAUCUCAUUCUACAGCAAAAUUAAACUUGCUAAAUUUAGUUUGUUCAGAUAUACAGUUUUAUGCAAGAUAGAAUGUAGAAAUUAUUUUGUUGGUACAGAGGCUUUUAUAAGUUUACAUAACUCUUACAAGGUGCAAAAAGGCUUGCUUCACAAAUACAACAGGACUGAUUUAUAUGUAGCUAUAAAUUGCUGCUAAGUAAUCAGUCACUGUAUUUCAUCUUGCAAGUAUCUUUACUACAAAAGAUCAAAAUUAUAGACAGUGCCAGAGUAUUAAAGGUAUUCCAAAGAAUACUUUAUACUGUUGACCCUAUGUCUUUAUUCAGGGAAGUUCUACUGAAGCAAGGUUUAGAAUUCUUAAAUAGUGUUGUAGCCAGAUCAGUUUGGUUUGGCAGAGAAGGGAUUCUUGUGUUCAGGUAUGAUUGUGAUACUUUUCCCCAUCUACCUCAAUGUAAUCCUGGAUCCAUUUUCAUGGUCCAGGGUAAUUGGACACCCAGCAGGAUUCAGCAGGUGGAAGAUUGGGUUAAAAUGGAAGGUGAGGAAUUCACUACUAAGCCCUCUUCACUUACAUAAUGUUGGAAAAUAAUUGCCACCAACCUUAAGCUUAUCAGUUAACAGUUCCAGGGUGAUUAUGACCCAAAACAU